AUGUCGAACGACCUCAACUCCAUUCGCCAGCGGUUUCGCGAGGUGCAAGAGGACGACAUGUACCUGUCGCAGGAGCUCGAGCGCAUUCAGCGGCAGCGCGAGGAAGAGGCGCAACGCGAAGCGAAGCUGGAUUUCCGCGGGCUUCGGCUCUACCGCGAGUUAACCGCCACGUCUGAACCCAUGCACUGGCGCGAAAAUCCCGAGAAAACGGAGACCACGGGAGCCAAGCCAAUCGCACCGGCUGCUGGUAACCCUGGUAACCCCCCAGGUGGUAACAUGUGGAGUUAUUCCUCCGUUGCUCCUUCGUCGGGCUCAAAGCGGCAGUAUAUGGGUCAACCGCCCGCUGCGGGUGUGACCUUCUACGGCGCGAAUGGUGGCGGGAAGAGCGGGCGAGUUGAGACGUACGAGAGUGCGGUGAAAGGUGAGGAAAGCGAGGGGAAGAAAGCUGAGGGCAAGAAGAGCGGUGGUGGCUUCGCGAGCUGGCUGAUGGGAGGAGCGGAUCAUGAACAGCAUCUGCUGUGGGAUAAGCCGGAAUUCAAGGAGGGUGAAAUAGUUCGUUACGGUCUUAUUCUAUACUAUCACAUGUGUGAACUCGGAGCCACGUCCCUCUACAUUGGAGCCCCUUCGAUGUGGCAAGCGACUCGGUAUGCAGAGCGCCCGCGAUUACAGCAGGUGUCGUUGACGCACCGCGGAUUCAAUGUCGAGGGCAACCGCGCUUCCGCGUGCAAGAAACCAAUCCCAACUUUGGUCCAUCCCCCUCAUCGCCUCCUCCCCUCCACCCACUGCCUGACUGCGCCCCUCUCCUUCCCUCCUCUCCCCCAGUACCCUCCCUCCCAUCCCAACCUGGUUGCUCCUGUUGGAUUGUGA